AACAAAAAAACAAAACAAAACUCUGAAACACUCAGAUCGUCGAUCGAAACCUGGGAUGGUUCCUAAAGAAGAAGCACUACUCUUCUGAUCUGAAUCUGAAACCCUCUCAUUCAGCUAUCGACAAAAAACGAAAAAGAAUCUUAAAUCUGUGUCGAUCUCAGGUUCAGUAUCUGCCAAAAGCUUGAAGGCAGUAUAAGGAGGUUUGAAUCUAAUUUUAGUAUUUGGCUUGAUUAGAGUCUGGGAGUGAGCUAAGACAACAAUGGGGCUACUCAGUAUAAUCCGAAAAAUCAAGAAGAAAGAGAAAGAAAUGCGCAUACUCAUGGUUGGGCUUGAUAAUUCAGGGAAGACUACAAUUGUCUUGAAGAUCAAUGGAGAGGACACCAGUGUUAUCAGUCCUACACUAGGCUUCAACAUCAAGACCAUCACCUACCAAAAGUAUACUUUAAAUAUAUGGGAUGUUGGGGGCCAAAAAACUAUAAGAUCUUACUGGAGGAACUACUUUGAGCAAACUGAUGGUUUGGUAUGGGUGGUUGACAGUUCAGAUCUUAGACGGUUAGAUGACUGCAAAAUGGAACUGGAUAAUCUUUUGAAGGAAGAGAGACUUUCAGGAGCAUCUUUACUAAUACUGGCAAAUAAGCAGGACAUAAAAGGUGCCCUUACCCCAGAGGAGAUUGCAAAAGUAUUGAACUUGGAAGCCAUGGACAAAACCCGGCACUGGCAAAUUGUGGGCUGUAGUGCAUAUACUGGUGAGGGGCUGCUUGAAGGAUUUGAUUGGUUGGUCCAGGAUGUAGCCUCACGAAUUUAUGUGCUUGACUAAUGCGUACUUGGGAGUCAUUUUUCAUUGUAUGACAAUAUCAAAGCAUUCAUGGAAGCUAAAAUGGAUUUAUUCUUAGCAUA